GCCAAUUUUAAGAAAAAUAUUGAAUUUUAUGAUUUGCAAAAUAUCACUUGCAUGUUUAACAUCCAUGCUAUUUAUCUGUGAAUUUCAACAUUAAUUAGAUUACUUGUAUCUUGGAAAAAUUACCACAAAUUCUUAUCCUCCUGGGAAAAUGAGAUUGCUAGCUUUGCUUGGAAGUGCAAUCUCAGCAUCUGCUCUUGGAAUUGCAACCUCUCAUAAGCUUUACUAUAAAAACGUCAAGACUAUAAAUACAAAUUACAAGAUUAAAAUUAAGUAUCUGAAAUUGAAAGUAGGAAUACCAUAUUCUGAAACUCAUAUGAAUUUAGAAAUUUAUGUUGAACAGACAAACCAUUCCUCUUUGGGCUAGUUUGCCCACAAGAAGGUCAUGAUCAAGCAUGAUGAAAUUCUUCGUUUUUAUUAUUGACAAAAGAAAAACAAUUGAAGAAAACUCAUCAAGGGUUGAUAAGUAAGUGCCCCCGCAAACCUUGCUCAAAGAUUGAGUACCUUGAAAAGUUCAUGGAUACCAAUAACUUGGCCUUCAUGACUUGUAUUUUGUAUUCCGCCACCAAAACAUUAAGAUCGACCACAAUGGUAUUAUAACCUACUAAACUUAUCUUUAGUAGUUACCCCUACAGAAGAGCUAGAGUCAUGGAUUACUCUUCGUGUAGUAGCCAACUUAGAAUAGGAUCAGGAUCAAAUCUGAACUCCCAGGAGAAAAAGGACGAAUUCUCUGUCAGUGAAGCCUCUCAUAGCAACACAAAGGAAGGAACAGGCAUACAACCUAACAACUGUGAAGAACGCAAAUAGAAUCGAUGUUCUCACUAUCAUAUAUUUCACCCCACAUAUUUUUAAAUCAAAGCCAACCACCUCUUGUUGAUGCUCAACCAUCCAAUUUGCCAAAAUGCAUAAACCAUUUUGGAAAAAUAAAAAGCAGCAACACUGCCAGCAACAGACGAAGCCUACCUAUCUCCAAAGACUUGUCUUUCCUGACCCAUUCUACUCUAUCUGCAUCUCCUGCAAAUGUGGACGGUAGCAACAAUAUGCUUUCAUACGAUGCUGAUCCAACCAAUCAGCCUCUAGACUCCAGCACGAUAGGCUGUUGGCUCCAGUCUUGUUCUAAUGUUGAAGAGGUUAGAAAAGUUCAUGCUGUUGUUAUCAAGUGUAUGAAAGAACCAGUAGUUUUUGUUAAUAAUAACUUGAUCAGUGUGUAUAUAAAAUUUGGAAAUUUGGUGGCAGCUCGACGGGUAUUUAAUAAUAUGUUGGAGAAAAACGUUGUUUCCUGGACUGCAAUGCUUAACGGCUACCAGAAACAUGGCAUAGGAAAUGAAGCUUUGAGGUUGUUCGUUGAGUUUAUUGAUAGUGGGUUGCAUGGGAACUCACAGACAUAUGUUUCCCUGUUGAAAUUGUGUAGCAGGACAUUUGAUUAUGAUCUCGGAAGACAACUACAUGGUUAUAUAGUGAAGAGCCAAGUGAGUAAUUUCAUAUUGGAUUGUACUAUUUUGCACUUUUACGCUCGGUGUGGUGAUUUGGAUAGUGCUUUCGAAGUUUUUGACAGAAUGCAGAAUCAGGAUUUGAUUGCUUGGACAACCAUGAUUACAGCUUGUUCACAAAACAAACGAGGGCAGGAGGCUUUUGUCAUGUUAUCACAAAUGUUAUCGGGUGGACUUGACCCAAAUGAGUUCACUGUUUGUAGUGUCUUGAAUGCUUGCGGCGAAGAGAAAGAAUUAAGAUUCGGUAAACAGUUACAUUGUACUGUGGCUAAGAAGGCAUAUGAUCUGGAUGUUUAUGUAGAGACUUCGUUGGUGGAUAUGUAUGCUAAAUGUGGGCAAAUUGAGGAUGCCAGGACGCUUUUUGACAAAAUGAAAAGGAGAAACGCAAUCACUUGGAAUACUAUUUUAGCAGGAUAUGCUCGCAAUGGGCUUGGAGAAGAGGCCAUAAGACUCUUCCGCAUGAUGAAAAGAUUAAAGGUAUCUGUAAACAACUUAACCAUGGUUAGCCUCCUUAGAGCUUGUGGCUUACUCAGGGCAUUAUCAAUAGGUAAAGAAGUGCAUGCCCAAAUCUUCAGGAAUUUUGAACCAAACAAUAUUUUCAUUGGAAGUGCCCUUGUUUGGCUUUAUUGUAAAUGUGGGGAUUAUGCUUCUGCAUCGAAAGUUCUCCAGUAUCUGCCUGAUAAAGAUGUAGUUUCAUGGACCACAAUGAUUUCUGGUUGUGCUCGCCUCGGUCAUGAGUACGAGGCCCUUGAGUACUUGAAACAAAUGUUGGGUGAAGGUGUGGAACCCAACCCUUUUACAUAUUCAUCGGCACUCAAAGCAUGUGCACAACUAGAAAGUAUUAAGCAAGGGAAACUUAUCCAUUCCUCCAUAAAUAAGAAACCAGCAUUAUCUAACGUGUUUGUGGGCAGUGCUUUGGUUCAUAUGUAUUCCAAAUGCGGACAUCUUUCAGAGGCAAUUCAAGUCUUCGAUAGCAUGCCUGAAAGGAACUUGGUUUCCUGGAGGGCGAUGAUUGUAGCUUACGCAAAAAAUGGGCAUUGUAGUGAGGCUCUGAAGCUCAUGUAUCGAAUGCAAGCUGAGGGUAUUGAGGUGGAUGAUUACAUACUCUCAACUGUGCUUACUACCUGUGGAGAUUUUGAAUGGAAGGAGUCCUCAUCAGAGCAUUGUUUACAUUCUUAAGGUACAGAUUAGAAGGGAUUCUCUGUUUUUGGUUAAAAGCCAUCAUUGCUGUGGUUAUGCGCAUUUACCAGCAACUAUAUAUUUAGUUAGUGGUGGCUGAAGAUUUCUGACAGCCUUGUGGCUGAACUUACUGCUGAAAAACCAUCGUCAUGACCUAACUUCGAUCCAUCCAUCCGCCCCUUCUCGACCGAAAGAACAAGAAACAGAGAGAUGGAUAUCAAAGGGUAGCUCCGGUGGUUUUCGACCUUGGGUAUGAAUUCUAUAGCCUGGGUGCCCCUGUUUGUACAAAUGGAUAGCUUGUGUAGUAGUUUUAGUGUGUAAAUCAAGAAAUGUGCACAUAUCACUUGGAAUAUUUUUUCCUCAGGGGAAUCAUUUCAAAUAUUUAUAUCCAGAAAUAUAUGGAUGUAAUCAGGGUGAAUCUCACUUUGAUGGUUAUCCCUAUUUGUACAAA